AUGCGAUUUCAUGGGUUGCCGAGGUUUCGAACAGGUUUACUUUUUUUAAUUUACUAUGUAAAAAAAGUAAAAGAAAAACUGUUGAAUUAGGUAGUUUUGAAGCUAUAAAGUGACGGUGAAACGUAUCUUUUUCUUCAAAAAUUUCUAGAAAAAUCAAACCAAAAAAAUGGUUGAAUUUCAAAGAAUAUUUUGACGUAUCAAAGAGUAAUGUUCAAAUUUACAGGCCGUAAAUAUUUGAGACUGUUAUUCCUGCUUCUAAAUGUCGUCUUUUGCAUCACAGUUAUCACGUUGCUCACAGGUUUUUCCUUCAAGAAAUCAUCAUCAAAUGGUCGCUUUUGGAAAGACUCUAAGCCUUUAUAGUGUCUUUUGCCUCCCUGACAAAGCCGUGAGAGGUCGGGUGCAGCCAAAAUUAGCGCCAAAACAGAGCCAUUCUCAAUGCGACCAUACCUUUGAAUAACUAUAUUCAGUGAAAUCUAGGCCUAACAAUUUUCGACCGCCAACAUAACAAUAUUGUGCAUGAUUACGUGGCGAGGAAAGACGAUAUGAUUGUUUUAUCGACGACUUUUUACAAGGAGUCAAAAAGGUACCUCACAAGGAAGGUCAUUUCACUUUGCGGUUUCCUGAAAAUUGGCUAUUCGGGUCACAACAAUGGCCGCAAAAAGGCAGCAAAAAGGCUGCAGAAAGGCAGCAAAAUGAGCCCCUUUAUCGAGCCUUCAAUUUUUUCUAGAACUAGGAAGAAAUGAUGGAAAAAGGGAGAGGCAGCGAAAAAGGUGCAUAAGGGCCGAUGAAAUAGCGCAAAAAGGCUGGUAAAAAGAAACCAUUGUCACCCUUUCCGGAGCCUUUUUUGACCCUUUUCGGAGCCUUUUUCGACCCUUUUCGGAGCCUUUUUCGACCCUUUUCGGAGCCUUUUUCGACCCUUCCCGGAGCCUUUUUUGACCUUUCCGGAGGCUUUUUCGACUCUUUCCGGAGUCUUUUAUGACCCUUUUCGGAGCCUUUUUCGACCCUUUCCGGAGCCUUUUUCGACCCUUUCCGGAGCCUUUUUCGACCUUUUCCGGAGCCUUUUCCGAUCCUUUCCGGAGCCUUUUUUGACCUCUUUCGACUUUGCUUAUGCCGGUUACUUCUUGAGGUGCGGAACAAAGAUUCUGAUUUUUUUUUUCAACCUGAAAAACUUCCUAGCAUUCAAGUGAAACCACCUGACAGUCAAAUAAAACUUGAAAAUCCGUGGGAAUAGGCCAUUUUGAGCCCUUUUCCGGCUGUUUUGAAGGUUGAAACUCUAAGGAUCUCGUUCUGGUAAAUAAAAGAAUGUUCCAGCCAAUUUUCAAGAAAUCCCCAACCGAAAAGUGAAAUGACCUCCCCAGUCAACUGUCCGCAUUUUCGAGAUUUUCUUCAGUUUUGAUCCAAACACGGCGGUUAUUUUGUUCAACGCCGUACAAGUCUUCCAUUUGAAACACGACGUUCUGAAUGUCAAGGCGGAGACGGCGGCGGAUGAAGAAAUCGAUGUCCUUUUUAAGUUGGUUUUAUUUAUUGGGAAAUUUGAAUAAAAUAAGAAGUCGAAAGUCUAUUUAUUCAACUUUAGAAAGUUCUGGGGGAAGUUUUAACAGAGUGGUCUCUAUUGGGGUAACCUUGAGGAUUCUGGGAGGGUCCCCUCUAGGGACCACUUUACCAACCCCUAUGCAAAAUUGGUCCUUACAGUGGUUUUUGUUAGUGGCUUCUAGCACUCUAUGCAGACCCUAAACCCCUAUAGUGACCAACUUGAUUUCACCCCUAUAGGGUCUACUUUUACGGUCCCUAACCCCUAUAGGGACCACUCUAAAAUCCCCAAAAAAGGAAAGAAAAUUCAGUAUACUCAAAAAAUCUCCGUUUUCAAAUCGAUUCCAAGUUUUCAAGGGUACAGCCAGUGAUUGGCCAGCUUCCAUUCUUCUGUAAAUGGGUGCCAUUUAUCGCCGUUGGCCAACUGCCAAAAGGCACCAUCAAAGCCAAACUUUCGACGUACCAAGGCGAGGGAAUGAAGGUUUACUUUUUGAAGAAUAUUUAUUUUUUGAAUUUAUUUCUAAUUAACAAGAGUCUUUUUGAAGUAAAUUUUUGAUUUAUCCCUUCUACUGGAACCUGAAGAAGUUUCAAUGAAUGCUUGAACUUGAUAAAAGACUCAUUUACAGCUUUCGCUGCGAGACCCAUUCCGAGCGCCGCGCAAAGUCGUCGCCUGCUUUUCGCCGCUUUUUCUCAAUGAAAGAUGGCAAUUGUUAUUGGCAACGAUGGAGGUGAAAAAGAAAUGGAUUGCUGUAAAAUGCGGGCAGUCUUAGGAAAUUUACUAUUUUUGGAAUAAAAUCCGGAAAUUCUUGCAUAUUUUUGAGAGGACUGCAAUACGCUCUAGUUGAUACAAAAAACCUGGUUUUUUUAGGAAUAGAAAUAAAAAAUUGUUAUUGAAAAUAAAUAGUCCAAAGCGAGAGAUCACUGCUGUUUGAAGAGACGCCAGAGAAAUGAGAGAUUUCUCGUUUCUCUGGUGUCUCUUCUGAUCUCGGUUGUUCUCUAAUUUUUCAAAAUUUGCAGAUUUAUUCGCACUAUGGAGCCUUCAUGCAAUUCUACGUCCGCUCAAUGAUUACCGAUCUGAUGACCAUCGUCUACACUUAUAAAAAUGUUCAUUUUCUUCGAUUUUCAAAAAAAAUUUUUAUGCUUCCCUACCCUUAGGGCUGUUCUGGAAAUAGUUGAAGGGGGGCUUGAAAAUUUUCAAAAUUUCGUCUUUCAGCCUACUCAGAAGUCCCUAUAGGGUUUAGGGGGAAUAAAAGCCCCUAGAGGGGCCGAAAAAGGAGUCCCUAUAAGGUCUCCUCAACUAGAACUUAGAGCUCAAGUGGCCCCUGUAGGGGUCUUUCAACUUCAUUCAAAAAACGCUUAUUUAUUCAGCUUUUCGCAUGGAAAUGCUUCUUAGUAUGGAGUUCAUAAUAAUUAUCGACUAGAAUAUCCCCUAUAGGGGCCAGUUUUGCCAGCCUUAAUGGCCCCUAUAGGGGUUGAUAAAGUGGCCCUUAGAGGGGCCCUAUAGCGACCACUCUGGAGUUCCUUAGUAUGUUUCGCUUGAAAACUCUAAAAAGGUCUGAUAUGAUCAACAGAAUAAAAUUUCCUUGAUAGGAAAAAUUCUGAAAGAGAAAUUUCUUCGAAAAAUCUUUUUCUAAUGAAAUCACCCUCCUUUUUCGCUUCAUUUUUACUCUGCUAACUUUUUUUGAAUUAUAUUUUGUUGGUUUUAUUCAAUUUUUAACUAAAUUUGAUCUCUGACUGUGCUAGGAACGGCUAAAAGCGUAGCGGUAUUAAUGCGGCUGCGCCCGACCAUGAAACGACUUGCGCUCAGUGACCUCAGGAGUGAUAAGAAGGACCGCUAGUGAUCCAAAAUCUAGUUUUUGUACUUAUAAAGAAAUCGCCAUGGGAUGUCAAGUUAUUUCAGACGCAACCAUUGAGUUUUCAUUCAUUUCUCAAUGUUUUUCCUUUCAAAAAACUCGCUUUAGGUCCGAGUAACGCCUUGGCCAGCGGUCAAGUUGGGCCGAAUUCGGGCCAACGGCCCAACUUUUGAUCCCAAUAGAGAAUUGGAAUUCCGAAAUCAGGCGGCCGCCAUGACCGACUGCUUGUUGAUGUACAAAGUUGGUAUUUUCUAUUUUUGAAAAAAAAAGGUCAAACUGUUUUUUUCUGUUCGAAAAUCAGAAAACUAUAUGGAUUCUUAAUUUUUUAAAAUUUUUUGAAGGCUUGAAAUUUUAGGAAUCAGCCGAGUUUGUUCUUUUCCCUGACCCCGACGAUAUAAUCAUUCCGCACUUGGCUAGGGAUUACUAUGGAGAAUUUUCAAGGGUAUGUGUUCUGAAUCUUUUUUUGAAAAAUUGGAGUUUUAAAGCAUGUUUUGAAGUUGAUUUUUGUGAUUUUUUGAUUUUUAUUUGGUUUAUUUCAAAUUUUACGCUUCUUCCUCGUUUCUGAUUUUUUUAAUUUGAGAUUUUUGAGAUCCAAGGGAAAGAUAUAGGGACCUCUUAAGGGUUUUGACAUUUUAGUGGCUACUAUACUGGCCGAAAUAGCAACCACUUGAGUGGCUAAAAUUUAGUGUCUCUCUAUAAUUAAAAGUAGUUCUACUAGGUCAUUAAAAAACUUCUAUAGUGGUCACCAACAUUAUAGCAAUCUAAUAAGUGGCCAUUAAAGUGGUCAAAUCUCAGUGGCCUCUUUAGAAAUCGAAGUGUUACUACUGGACUAUUAAAAACUACUAUAGUGGUCACUAAGACGCGGAAUAUGGGCUUAUGUAAAGGUUUUUUUUAGUGACCACUUUAGUGUCCUCAUCAAGUAGUCCUUGAGGAGCCUCUCAAGUGGUCCCUAGAGAUUUUCCCUUCUUUUAAGGUCUUCAAAAUGUUCCCCAACGCUGGCGCGAUUUCCUACAACAUUAGCCAGGCUUCGAUUUCUGCAAGUUUGUUAUUAUUUUAACUAAUUUUCAAUUUUUCCAUGAGGUAUUUUAACAUUUAAAAAAAAAGAAAUUAAUUCCGUGAAGUUCUAAGAAUCUUUAACAGUAUACGUUUUUAAAAAAAUUUUUCUAUAUUCAUUUUUUUAGCAACCUCAACAUCACAAUACACGCCAUUAUUGCCACUUUCGACCUUGGAAUUUAAGGUUUUAUAUUUUUUUAUAAUGGUCAAGAUGUAAAACAACAAUCUUCUGUUUCGUGAUAACUUGAUUUCGCCAGAAAUUCAGUGAUUAAACAAAAAUGGAGGUAGUCAGACAUGCAGAGUAAACCAGAGCUGUCUAAGUCUCUGGAUUUUCCCUUGUCUCUAAAUUUGUACAGACGUAGGCGAAAAAGGCUCUGGAAAGGGUCAAAAAAGGCUCCGGAAAAGGUCUAAAAAGGCUCCGGAAAGGGUCAAAAAAGGCAAUUUUCCUUUUAGGGUGUUAAAGACUCAGUUUUUGCUCCCCCUUUUCGCCAUUUUAUAGGCUCUUUUGCACCAUUUUUUCUGCCUCUCCCUUUUUCCACCAUCUCUUGAGCCUUUAAAAUCCCAGAAAAAAGGGGAGGCUCGAUAAAGGGACCCUUUUUGCUGCCUUUUUGCUGCCUUUCUGCAGCCAUUUUGCUGCCUUUCUGCAGCCAUUUUGCUGCCUUUCUACAGCCAUUUUGCUGCUUUUCUGCAGCCUUUUUGCUGCCUUUUUGCGGCUUUUUUUGAGCCUUUCGCUUUUAGCAGCUAUUAUCCAUCAUUCCGACUUUGCGCCAGUAUAUAGAAAAUUGAUUGGUCUUUUAAAAUUUUCUUCUUUAAAAAAAAGGCUUAUAGCUGAUUCACGGCUGGUUUGAGCCAUCGAAAAGGGUCCUGACACGAUAACAAAAGAGAUAGUGCCUGUUUGGUGGAGAGCGCAGGCAGGCCACGCCCCUUUCGCGUCCCAAGUUUGCCGUGAAUUGGCUAUAACUUUGCAUUGAUAGAGUAAUGUGAAACUGAAAAGAUAUAGGAACACAAAGUCAUAUUUUUGUGCCUGGAGCAUUUCCCAGUCAAGUCUUCAUGGUUUUAGGGAGAAGUUCUUUGGGGGAAACUAGUGGUUCGGCCGGAAAGGGUCGACAGCGUUUGGAUCCAUCGGAGUUAUGGGAUUAAGGAUGACUUUGAGCAGGUAUUUUAUUGAUAUUCUGAGAUUUAUGAUGUAAAAUUAGUCAUUAAAAGUAGCUCAUGAUCGAAACCUUGAAGGAAACUGCGGAGAUUUUUUGAUAUUUUGCAUUUUUGUAGUUUUUUCCAUGUUGAACACUUCAAAACCACGGCGUUUUUUCGACGACGCCACGCCCACUUUUUCUCCGUAAAGUGUGGUGUGUCGUGUGCAUGCACUGCGCCGCUAUCACGCACAAAAAAUUGAGUUUACGAUUCGUCUCAAAGACCUCUGGCAAUACGAUGGCCUGCGCCUUUAAUAAGCGUUAUUAACGUUCUCAUGACGUCACGUGGGAACGGCAGAGGUUUCGACUCCGCCCAUCGGGUUUUUGGUUUCGCAUUUUUUUUUCCACUAACAAAAAAGGCGUGAAAUUUGAGCCUUGAAAACUGAAAUAUUUGAUAAGAAAUUUUUAAAAAAAAAUUCAAAAAAAAAAAAAACAAGUACUUUCCAGGUAGCUCUGCCUGCCCACAUAAACACGGGCCUACAUUUUCGAAAGUGGACAUUUUUACAAAAUUCGACUUUCGAUUUAUCCAGUGGGAUUUCCCUUCUGCAUCCGACCUGAAACGGCUUACGACUUUUUCCAGGAGUGCCACACUACGAUCCCUUAUUGAGAAAUGAGACAGAAUAUCGAUUAUUUUUGGCUGAAGAUGGCGAAAAAAUCGAUAAGAGUUUCCGAAGGAGAAUCAACAAGGAAAUCGUCAAAAAGGUGCUACAGUACGAUUUGUUGAAUACAGUAACCGAGAUCAGGUCUACGCUCGCCUGCCUACAGUAUCCCUGUACUACCCGCUUAUUGAAAGUUGCUACAACCGAAUUUUCUACACCAAAGAGCAGCACAGCACAUGCAAAGGUUCUUGGCUACCGUAACUCCUCGAAAACUACAGUAUUCCAGGGCCCGAGUACUGUGAGAUUCCGUCGUUCCCCGGCCUAAAGUGUGUCAAUGUGGAGAGCUCUUUCACGACUUACGCCGGCUACAGUAAUCUUUAUAUCCAUCAGCUUCUCGCCACGAAAUUUGUCUACAGUGAUAACGGGUGCAAAUUGUGA